UUUCCCUAUCGCAGAAACUCACGUUGGACUGCAAACAUGUUGAGGUUUCUCCUGCUGACAGCUGUAGCAGCAUUGGUGCUGGCUGAGAAUGAACCUCAGCCUCGCUACCUUGAGAAUCUGGAGGAGAGAGUUGUGGGGGGUGAGGUAGCCAGACCCAACUCCUGGCCUUGGCAGAUCUCUCUCCAGUACAAAUCUGGCAGCAGCUUCUACCACACCUGUGGCGGUACUCUGAUCAGAAGAGGAUGGGUGAUGACAGCCGCUCACUGUGUAGACACAAGCAGGACGUGGCGUGUGGUUCUCGGUGAUCACAACAUCAACACCCAUGAAGGAACCGAGCAGUACAUGAGCGUCAGCCGUGUCUACAUCCACCCUAACUGGAACAGCAACAUGAUCGCCAGCGGGUAUGAUAUUGCCCUGCUCCGUCUGUCCACUGAUGCCGCCCUCAACUCCUACGUCCAGCUGGGUUCCCUGCCUCCCUCCGGCCAGGUUCUGCCCCACAACAACCCCUGCUACAUCACCGGCUGGGGCCGCACCCAGACUGGUGGUCAGCUGUCAGCCAAUCUGAAGCAGGCCUACCUGCCUGUGGUCGACCACCAGACCUGCUCCAGCAGUAGCUGGUGGGGCGGCUCUGUGAAGACAACCAUGGUUUGUGCUGGUGGUGGCAGUCUCUCCGGUUGCCAGGGUGACUCUGGCGGUCCCCUGAACUGCCAGGUGAAUGGAAGAUACUACGUCCAUGGAGUGACCAGUUUCGUGUCUGCUUCUGGCUGCAACACACUGAGAAAGCCCACUGUCUUCACUCGAGUCUCUGCUUACAUCGGCUGGAUGGAAAAUAUCAUGGGAUAAGAACCAAUACAAUGCCCAAACUGGAAGUGAUGUCAAGACUGGGAUCAAGCCAUAUGGAAAUCCAUAUCUUCACAUACCCUCUGUUCCCCUCUCAUCAGUGAUACAAUCAUUCCUAGAAUGGGCAUGAUUGAUUUAC